AUGGCUCAAGCAGGCGUGGAGGACGUCCGUGGUUCACAUCCACCACCAAGCAUUGACAUCAUAGACGUAUCUCGAACAGUCCAGUCCACUGAUCUGUUUACUCCGUACAGGGAGCCAAGAGUAACACUGCCUACUAUCGGAGAGUUCCAGCAAAACGCUCUUCCGUUCGGCGGUAAAUACUGGGGUGGACCCUUGACGGAGUACGGUGGGAUAGGCGACCUGUCAUUCCGUAGUCGACAGCGAGUGAGAGACUUAGAAGUUACACGAAGUCACAGGCAUUACAGAAGUGGAUUCAGUCAAUACCUGACGGAUAUUCAGCCGUAUCGACGAACAGAACUUCAUCUCAGCGAGUGUCGUCUCAAUGACCAAAUACUACCUGCUCCUUUACAAGCAGAUAUCAGCAGAUUGACCUGGCAGCGCGAGCACCCAUGGCCGGACAGCCGAGCGUACGGGACUCACCACUCUAUCUUCGAAGUUUUCCCGCCCGUCAAACCAGAACUUCCGCUAACAGAAAAAGAACCGCAUCAUAACUACAGAAGCCGAAAUGCGCAGCCGCUCGUGAAAGCAACACAGAAAGCGCUACUGGAGCUAAGCAGGAAACUCUACCAGUCUACACUCUACCAAGAUUCAUACCUCAAUUAUUGUAAACCGCGCCAAAACUCUAGCACGACAGCCUCACUAUUGCCACGACAACCGGGACAGCUUCAGCCACACCAACCUAAGGAUGACAUUUCAGAUACUAUUACGUCAUCUACCCCACUCGCGAAGUCAGACUCUUCAGAGAAAGACGAAGAGAAUGAAGAAGACGAAGAACAAACGGGUGAUCAAGAGGAAUGUCUUAGCGGGGACGAGGAGGAAAAUGAAGAGGAUGGCAAUGGGGAGGAGGGCGAGACCAAUGACGUCAGCUCCGAUGAAGUCACCACAGAUGACGACCCUCAAACCCCCGAGACCACUAUUCGUCACUUCGAGAUCACACCCAACAAACAAAUGACAGGCAUUGGGCCGUGUUGGCCUCCCGGCUCAAGCUACGUCAUCGAAAACAUCAAUGGGGCCCAGAUGUUGGAGCGAAGGGACAUCGUCUGUUGCCAUAGCAACGCCACGCCCUUGGGAGAGAAGAAGCAGCAACAGCUGAUGUCUGCAAGACGAAGACUAUCAAAACGAUAUGAGGAAAUCGUUGCUGGGAGUAAAAACACUGGGAGCUCAUCGUCCUUAGUUGCCAAUUUGAAGUCAAAAGACGCCAUCUUGAAACAGAAGUUGCAGCAAUUGCUGGUUCCUAACCCACUCAAUCAAACACAAGAGCCAACUUUACAGACCAAUCACAUCACCGCACCCCUGCCUGGUGCAGACCGUGACGUCACAACUGGAACUGCCUUAAGACUGCCAGCACUUCACAGCAGUCAGAAACUUGACUCCUAUUCUCCCUUUCUCAUCCCAACAAGCUACCACGACAGGCUAAGAAAACUGAACAGUUUACCCUGGUCACCGUACCACCGCGGCACAGACGUGCAAACAGAACCCACCAUUGAAAAGAGCCUCCUCGCACCACCAGGAGUGACGUGGAAGGGGAAAACCCAGCUAGUUCUUCCCCCAGCUCCGCUAGCUGACUGCCUGUCAUCAUCUGGAACCCGAGUUCCUCAUAAACUGGGGUUGAGAUACAAAAGUGAAGCUCACAAACGGUACCACCUAAUGCACCCGGACAUUGUACCAGAUCUGAGAACCAAAGAAGGGAAAAAAUACUUCUUUUGCGGUUUCCACUCCUCCGUUUUCAGAGGGUAG